UUUGAUAAGGUCCUCAAAACCAACUUAACUUAGUUGUUUAAUAAAACAGCACACAUUCACCGUAAACCUGCGAUGUCCACUGCUGAAUCGUGACUGUUUAGGUUUGCGUUUCACGCAGACGACAUUCGUGGAUUUAUAAAGCUUUCGCCGGCGACUUUAGUCUCUGUGUUAUUGCAAAGCCGCGCAGUUGUCUUUUAUCUAUCUUCCAGGACCAGGCCAGCGGUUCUCUACUUUGAAGUCCACAGUUAAACCCUCAGCCCAGUUCGUUUUGAAAUAGCCUGGAGGAGAUCUACCGCCUGCGAUGACUCUAUUUUUUUAACACCUGGGGAAGGGCGAACACACCAUUCUUGCUUUUCAUGACUACAUGACAAUUAUUCCUUUUAUUGAGCAUUAGGACGGGGGAGCGAUGCCCGUGAUUGUACUGUAGGAGCCUGUUGGUGCACUUUGUGGCUGCUACGCUCACGUUAGGGACACUACUACUACGCUCCGUCGAUGAGUGAAGAGGAGCUGAGACGCACCCCCGCUGCUUUUUAGAGAGUGAGAAGGAUUACUGCUGGAGCUCAGUGCAGUGCAGGCACGACGGCACUCACACACAGCAACCCGGAGCUGGAGCCAUGAGCAGGACGCUUACGGAGCACAUCAGCGGUGGCUUCCGAGAAGAUGCUCCUCGCCCUCCGGUACCGGGGGAGGAGGGAGAGGCGUCAUGCUACAACCCAAGCAAGGCUUCCAAAAUGAGGGCUGUGAACAAGGUGAUUAAAGAGGUACCUUCCGUGUCUCCCGGCUCCACCACGGCAAGGCGGAACGAAGAUGGACUAGGGGAGCCGGAGGGGAGCGCGUCUCCGGACUCGCCUCUCGUCCGGUGGUCCAAGUCGUUGCAUUUCCUCCUGAGCGACCAGGACGGGGCUCUUCUCUUCAGGAACUUUUUGGAGCGGGAGAAAUGCGUGGACACUUUGGACUUCUGGUUCGCCUGCAAUGGCUUCAGGCAAAUGGACUUAAAGGAUACCAAAACGCUACGAGUCGCCAAAGUUAUUUUUAAGCGGUACAUCGAGAACAACAGCAUCGUUUCCAAGCAGUUAAAGCCCGCCACCAAGACGUUCAUAAAGGAUAGUAUUAAGAAACAACAAAUAGACUCUGCGAUGUUUGAUCAAGCACAAACGGAAAUUCAGUCUACCAUGGAGGAGAACGCGUACCAGAUGUUUUUGACGUCUGAUAUAUACCUCGAAUACGUGCGUAACGGUUGCGAGAGUGCAGCGUAUGCAAACCACAGUGGUCUCGGGAGCCUGCGGCUGAUGUGUGGAUAUCUUCCACCUCUCAUGGAGGAAGAGGAGUGGAGUUGCAGUGACUUGAAGGCGAAAACGUUGGCGUCCGUGGUCGGGCUCUCGGCGAACUCCUUGAGGGCUACCGCAACGAUCCGGACAGCAGCUGAAAUGCUGGACCAGGGAUGCAGGUCCCACCGGAGAGGAGACCCCGCCAGCCCCUACUUUGUCAACUCGGGCUACGCCUUCGCCCCCGCCACCAGUGCCAACGACAGCGAGAUCUCCAGCGACGCCAUGACGGACGACUCCAUGUCCAUGACGGACAGUAGUGUAGAUGGGAUCCCGCCGUACAAGCAGGGCACAAAGAAGAAGCUCCAGCGCGAGAUGUGUCGCAGUGUCAAAAUCAACGGCCUAGUCUCCCUACCCCACUUUCCUAGGACGCACAGGCUGCCCAAGGAGAUGGCCCCCAUGGAGCCCCGGGCCUUUGCCGCCCAGCUCAUCGCGCGGCUGGAGAAGCUCAAGAGGGAGCAGGACACCCGCAGCACGCUGGAGGAGAAGCUUCAGCAGAUACAGGAGGAGGAGGAGAGAGACGAGAAUGGCGAGACACACCCCCUUCUGCCCUGCAGCGGCGGCGGCGGCGGCGGCGGCGGCGGUGGCCAGUGCGACGAGGACCCCCAGGCCAUCCUAGACGAGCACCUGUCGCGCGUGCUCAAGACGCCGGGCUGCCAGUCGCCCGGUCUGGUGCGGUACUCGCCGCGCUCCCGCUCGCCGGAGCGGUGCGACGCGGCGGCGGCGGCGGCGGCGGCGGUGGUGGCGUCGCUGCCGACCGUGCCCUUCCCGGGGACCAAGCACAUCCACCACCACUACGUCCACCACCACGCCGGGCCCCGCACCAAGGAGCAGACGGAGGCCGAGGCGGCGCAGAGGGUCCAGUGCCUCUGCCCCCCCGGCAGCGCCGACUUCGCCCCUGUUCGCUGUAGCACUUUGUCCAAACGGCCGGCCAAGCUCUUCGAGGAGGGCAUGUCGGGCUCGCCCCUGCCCCUGGACACCUCGGACCGCUCGCAGAACGUGUGGCAGUGGAUCCUGGAGAGCGAGAGGCAGGGGAAGCACAAGCCACACAGCACUCAGAGCCUGAAGAAGUCCCACCCCGUGGACUCGCCGACUAAGACCCUGCCCGGAAGAACGCACGCUCCCUGGGGCGGCGGCGGCCUCGGCAGCGGGGGUCACCUCCGCAGCCACCACCCGGGCCACCCCUUCAUCCAGGACCCCGCCAUGCCCCCCCUGCCUCCGCCCAACACCCUGGCCCAGCUAGAGGAGGCCUGUCGCAGGCUGGAGGAGGUGUCCAAGCCCCCCAAACAGAGACACUCUGCAGCCAGCGCCGGCAGCCUUCAGAGAGACAGGAGUCAUUCCACAGCUGCCUGUCCCAGCGGAAGCACCCCCCCAGCCAGCUCUGCAGUUCAAACAGACCUGUCCAAGGAGCUGAUGGUCACCUACUUCUUCUGUGGCGAGGAGAUCCCCUACCGCAGCAUGAUGAAGGCCCACAGCCUGACCCUGGGCCACUUCAAGGAACAGCUCAGCAAGAAAGGCAACUACAGGUACUACUUCAAGAAGGCCAGCGACGAGUUUGAGUGCGGUGCCGUGUUCGAGGAGGUGGCGGACGACGUCUCGGCGCUGCCCAUGUACGAGGGCAAGGUGCUGGGCAAGGUGGAGAAGAUGGACUGAUCCCGAGCUCGCCCCGCGCCCCCCCGCCCCUCCCCUCCCCCCGCUGCUUAGAACUCACGAGCGAAAGACCGUUGACCGCGAAGCGAGAGUUCGAGAGACUUGAGCCGAACCGAAGGGAACUCAAACACACAAACACUCUGGACGUUUUUCGUUUUCGUUUUCAUUUUUUUCGGUUGUUUAUUUUUGUACAUUUCUUUUUUUGGGGGGGGGGGGUUAUUUCUUAAUAUUAAGCUACAACAGAGUUAAUAUAUCAGCACACGAGGAGGGAUUGAAGGAAGAUGAGCCAAUGAAGUAUGCCGAAACACACAUAGGAGGAGGAGGAGGAGGAGGAGGAGAUGGAGGAGGAAGAGGAGAUUGAGGACUAGGGGGGGGGCCGCACUGCCCCCCCUCCCCUGACCUAUUUCAACCAAUCAGCCUUAGAAACAAAAACACAAGCGAUCGACGAGGAGGGGAGCCCUGUGCUCACGGCAGGUCGCUCGGGGGCCCUGUCGGCGGCGGAAGGGGGAGCAGCCGAGACGCCCUUCUGGAAACACAAGCCCCGCCCCCAUCUCGAAACAUAACCACUGAAGACGCAGAUGAACGUUGCGCUGCGAUGCUGUGAUUGGUUGGCGGCAGACGAAUAACGGACCCGCUCUCCGCGCCACUCUCAAUGUGCAUAUGUGUGUGUGUGUGUGUGUGUGUGUGUGUAUACAUACACGCAUAUAUGUUUAAAUACAUGUAUUAUAUAUAGAUGCUUUUUGUUAAGAAUUUAGUUUUUUUUGUAUUAUUGAAUAUUUAUUGAAAAAAAAAACUAACCCCCAGUCCUGCCUUCCUGGUGCAUCUAAAACCUGUGUCCCCCCCCCCCCCCCCCCCUUCUAUAACCCCAUUUCUAGCCCAUGGGCAAGCUGCUUUGAGUGUUGGGAGAGUACUUUGGUGAUAUGAGUUGGUUUUUUUCCUCUUUUUUUUUUACGUUGCACGCAAAAAGUUGACGCUAGUCCUCGCUACUCCCCUUAGCAUAGCCUAUAGCCCCGUCCGAUACCAACAACCUUAACAAUGGUCGUCUAUGUGGUGCAAACACCCUCCAGCUAGUGUCAUAGUCAACCCCAGUCCUAUAUGCUGCUGAUAAUACUAUGUUGUUGGUCUCCCUCCCUCAACCCCCCUCCCCCUCUUCGGCUACCCUCCCCUUCCUUCUCUCUCUCUCUCUCUCUCUCUCUCUCUCUCUCUCUCUCUCUCUCUCUCUCUCUCUCUCUCUCUCUCUCUCUCUCUCUCUCUCUCAGUCCAGCAACAGAGCUCAAUCUUUUUUUGUUGUGCCUUUGUUUGGAGACCAGAUGUUGCACAGGGGAAAGCGCUAGAAAGUGUAGCGUAACGCCACAGCAGAGCGAGGACAUCGGAGCGCAAAGUCGUACCAUCUUCGAAUGGCAGUGUUUACAGUCCGCGAAACUCAACCGAAAAGUUAGCCCGCGAGCAAAAAGUUUCGCGGAAAAGUUGCGGUAAUUCCGACUUCAGAAGUCGAAGGCAAGCGCUUAAAAAGAGAAAGACAUCGGAGUGUAAAACGAAAAGUGCAGUCGCGAUAUAUACCGUUUGUUAGAAAUGUCGUGACUAGCAUUUUGUCAAAAAUUCAGCAGAAGUCCUGUACACAUUGUAAUUAUGCAUUCUGAAGUAUGGAUACUGACACACACAAGUGCACAUACACAUACAUACACACUUCGCAUAUAAACACAAUAUAUAUAUAUGGUGUUAUAUGGAGUACAGCACCUGUGCCUACAUGGAUGUCAUACCAUGUGCUACCCUGUUUCAGGGUUUUAAUAUAUAUCCCUUGGUUUUCAGAAGGGUUUAAUGUUCAAAAGAUAUUUUUAUGCUUUUAUUAAUAUCCUGUAAUCAUAUUUUUUUUUUACAUGUUUGUUUUUACAACAUGAACUUUUUGUUGUUUUGGUUCUAUCUUAACUGUAAAUUAUACAUUAUAUAAAGAGUCUCAUUUAAAGAUUUACAUGGACCUAUAAUUAUUGUAAUUAUUGAGAGAUGUAGCCUUUAUUAAAGUUUUAUAUUUUUCAAAUGAA